UCCCGGAUGUCUAUCGCGCCGGAAGAGAAGAAGGUCCUUUUCCCAGCCAUCUUGUGGCUUCAUCUAGCGAAGUGUUCGCACCAAGCCUCGUAGAAUCGGAGGAAAAUCCUGCUGAAGGGGCGCCAUCAUGCCCGGACAAAUGCAAGAAGGUUUUGGCUGCGCCAUAACCAAUCGAUUCGACCAGUUAUUUGACGAUGAGUCGGAUCCAUUUGAGCAGCUAAAGCAAGCCGAAGAGAAGAAGAAGAAGGAGGCUCUCGCUCCUGGUGCCGCCAAGACUGCAGCCCAGGCUGCCAAACAGCCCAGAAAGGAGUCCCAGAAAGACAGAAAGACCCCGCUGGCCGACAAGAGGGAGGAGACCCAGGCCCCCGUCCCACUCAAGAAAGAUGGUGCCGGCAUGAGGAGAAUGGGCCGCAAGCCGGAGGGCGAUGGCUUCAGACCCCAGGGCGGCCAGGGAGAGGGGCGCCCCCCCACAGACAGACGGCCUGUGGACAGGCGGCCCCCUCGCCGCUUCGAGAGGCCUGCUGGUGAAGGUGGUGAGAAGCCCGAAGGAGGCGAAUUCUCAGUGGAGAAGCCUGUUGGUGAUAGGCCGAUGAGAGGACGCGGCGGUGGCAGGGGCGGCCGUGGAGGCAGAGGACGCGGCAUGGGUCGCAGCGAUGGCUUUGAUUCCAGAGGAAAACGUGAAUUUGACAGACACAGUGGCAGCGACCGAUCUAGUCUGAAAGGCGAAGAGAAGCGUGGUGGAAGUGGAUCUCACAAUUGGGGCACCGUCAAGGAUGAACUCAACGAGCUUGACCAAUCAAACGUCACUGAGGAGAACCCUGAGGGAGAGGAGCAUCCACCCGCUGACUCUGAGAACAAGGAGAAUGAGGUAGAGGAAGUGAAGGAUGAAGGCCCCAAGGAGAUGACUCUGGAUGAAUGGAAGGCCAUGCAGGACAAGGAACGGGCCAAGGUGGAGUUCAACAUCCGUAAAGCCAACGAGGGAGCUGAUUGGAACAAAGGAUUUGUGCUGCACAAGUCUAAGGCAGAUGAUAAAAAGGGCGAUCUGAUUGAGCCUGAGGGUGAUGAGUCCAAGCUGGAGGAUGAACACCACUUCCGGAAGCCAGCCAAUGACAUUACGUCCCAGCUGGAGAUCAACUUUGGAGACCUUGGUCGUCCAGGCCGCGGACGCGGUGGACCACGUGGUGGCCGGGGCGGUCGUGGCCGCGGUGGCGCCGGCGGUGGCGGCGAAGGCCGUGGUGAUGGCCGUAGCGAUGCCCCUAGGCCGGUCCGUGGAGGAAGGACUGACAAGUCAUCCGCGUCUGUGCCCAACGUGGACGACCCAGAGGCCUUCCCAGCCCUGGCUUAAGCCCCGGCUGCUGUCCCUCAGGCCUACAGGAGCCUCCUGAGCACCUCCACUACGAGGCUUGCAUGUUCCUGGAUCCUUCAGCAAAGUGAAAUGAUGGAGAAGACUGUCAUUAACUAUGGCACUCAAUGUGAGGACUGAGUUUUACCGAAUAAAAACAAAAUGAAGACGGAAAAAAACAGAAAUUAACAAAAAAAAAACAAAAAAAGAAAAGGACUUCUUGCUACUCUGGAGCAACUUAUUGGUAGAGGUUUUGUACUUGGAAACAAAGUAGCAGGGAUGUUUUCAUACAGUAUUUUUUUCAGAGGUUAUGCAUUGUCCAUUGAUAAAUUUUUGUAAUUGCUGCUUGAAAAUAUGCAUUUCGAAAUGUAAGCAUAAGGAGUAUCUUUAGCUUGGUGUGUGCUAUUGCUUGCUCGCUUAAAAAUAGGCACUGUGGAGCUCCAACCCAAGCUCAUAAGCUCUGCCACACCAGGUAUUUCUGAUGAAGUUACAGCUUCACUCAUUGAGAUUUAUGGAUUUUUUUCUUUAGCACUGGGGUAUUGUUUUAUAUUUUAUACAGGAGGUCUAUUCUUCUAUGAUCUUCGGCCUGUAAAUCUGAACUAUUUUCAUAAAUUCUUUCAGAGACUGUAUUUCACAUGGUGCAAAUAGGGCACAGCUUGAUCUUUGAUUGAGUGAUGCUGCCUACAUUUGAAUGCAUUGAUGAAAUGGCGCCUAAAUUUGUAUUAAGGUUCUUUUGUACUGAAAUGUUCUAAAGGAGGAACAUUAGGUCAUUUUUGGAGGAACACAAGGUGAUAACGCUCCUAAAUUAGCAUUGAUCCUGAGACUUUUGUCAAGCAGAUUAAUUUGAAGCUGGAAGUUAUUCCAUGUGUACUGAUUUUCUUGUAUUUAGGGUGCUAUUCACAGUAUUCUCUUCCUCCCUGCCCAUUUCAUCUUUGAUUAUUAGCCAUGUGCAAGUCAAUUAAUGCCUUUGUUUUUACUUUAAGAGUGAUACGGAGAGGAAGUGUCUUUACUCGGUUGAGAUUGCGGCAGUAUUCCCCUGGAACGCCCUCAGACCUUCUCCGACUGUUUACACACUCCACUCCAGCAUCCUUACACAGAUGUUAACUUAGCCCAGCUUCAGUUUGUUUCUGCAGUCUGUUCUGUGCUGAUAUUUUCCUCCACUGUUGACUUGCCCUGUAGCUUCCACAGUGGCACCACUGCAUAAUCGCUCUGAAAGAAAUACAGUCGUUCAUUGUGUGGAACAACUGACGUGCUCUACAAAUGUGUGAAUUCUAGCCCUGCUAUUAGAGACCUCUGUCGGUAAAUAAAGAUGGUCGAUAAAUCUUU